GGUGCUAAGCUCCUCAGCAACGCAGCUCUGCCGCCGGGUGAGUGGCACUGCCACCAGCUGUAGGGACACCGCUGUCCCUGAGAGCUGCUGGCACCGAGGAGCCUUGUGGACCCUGAUGCCACCUCCCCCCCUGCAGUCCCCUGCGUGGCAGAGGCUCCAGUGGCUCGGGGUGGGGCUGCAGGGGUAGCUGGCCAUGGCCCUGCCAGGGGGUGUCCCCCUCCCUGGCACCGGGGGGGCACCGGGGCCUCGGCACUUGCUGCAGUCGCCCCCCGAGGAGGACGGGGUGCUGUAUGUGGACUACAGGCCCCCUGCCCUGGACAGCAUCCACCUGCCCCGCUAUGUGCUCUACCUGAUGAUGGCAGCCACGCUGGUGCUGGUGGUGGCAUAUGCCAUCGUGGGGCACCUCAUCAAGGACCUGGUGCACGACUUUGCCGACUGGGCAUUUGGGCCCAAGCCGGAGGAGAAGGCAGAGAUGGCCGAAGGCCCCGUGCUGGAGGCAGAGUGGCUGGAGGAGGAUGAGGUGCUGGUGGAGCAGAAGGUGGAGGAUGAAGGCAGCGGAAUCCUGCCCAGCACGGACACCCCAAUCCCGCUGCAGCUGCUCGCUCCCCGCAGCUCCGUCUCCUUUGCUGACCCCCCCAAGAAGAGAUUCUUCUAGGCUCCUGGGA